AAUUGGCUGGAGCAGGGCGGCAGGGUGCGGCAGCCAAUCAGCGCGCGGCUUCUAUAGGGCUUGAGUUAUUAGACGCUGCUCUCAAAACAUCCUUCAUCAGACACCAAGGAGAGGCCAACAGAUGAGGGGAGCCAUUUUUCUGCAAUGGAAUUAAAUGGCCAAGUGGGUUUUUCCUUUGUUGCAAAUGGGGAAUGUUUUUCCUUUGACUCCACCAUCCAGUUCAGGACGCCUCAGUGUUGUGUUUAACAUUUGUCAACAGGCUAAAGGACUCACAAUUGGAAGAAUGAAGAAGACUUUUUAAAAAGAUCUGGAUUUUUCCUUAUGACUUGGAAUCCAUCUUUGUCUUGUAUAACUAGGUCAUAGCACACCAUUAAUGUCAGCAGUUAACAAUUUUGAAUUCCAAAAAACCUAAGUAAACGACAUAUUUAAUUUUUUUCCUCUUUUUUUUUUUCUUGGGUGGGUGGGGGGAGCUUGGAGCUGUCUUAAUCUGUAUUCUCUUGACUGAACAAUAAAUUUUUAUAUAUAUAUAGUUUCCUCUAUUAAACACUUAAACCUGGCCAUCUUAUUAACUCCUUCUGCUCUCUUUUUAACAAGGUAAUGUUUUAAAUGUAUAGUUUUAGGACUAGCGAAAUGGCAGCAACAAAAAAUUGUAAGCAGUCGUUACUCUUUUAAGUUUUUUAAAAACCUUUUACAUUGUAAGUACCCAGUCCAUUCUGUCCUUACGCAGUGCAGUUUUCAUUGUUAAUGUUGCUGAGAUGUCCUUAAUUUUCUGAACCUUCAUCUGCAUGUAUGUCUUUGUCGCUCUUGUCUAACAUAAAACAGUUAAAAUGCUUUUAGACGAUUUUGCUUUUAUACAGCUAGGGUUUUAGCUUUAAGCUUUUGAAAAUGUUUAUAGCAAUAAAUGCUAGUCAGCUUUCUUCCCAGUAACAUGUACACUUUCUUUGAAAAUCUAUCUAUUUGAAGAAAAACAUCUCUGUUUUUCUCGUCUUGGUAGGGGGGUGGGUGAGGGAAAGGAAGACCUCUGUGUAAAGAGACUAAAGCCGUCACAGGAAACUAGAUUAAAACUGGAAAACAAGUCCUAGCUGGUUCGAGCCAAACACCAUCGUUAACUCGGGGGUAUUUUCUAUGGUGGUUGGGAUGGCCGGUGCGUCUUUUGCCUUUUGUUUGAUUUGACUGUGUAUUUUCGCCUUUUGUCUCUUAAUGACGGUCACACCAUUGCUAUAUCCAGAGCAGUAAACAGUCCUCAGCGAAGCCGCCUUUUGCCAACCCAACCCUGGAAAAUUUGCAGAAGUGGAAGGAGCUGAAAAUGCCAUGAGAGUGUAACUUUAAAAAGCUUGAUCUUCCAGACUCCAUGGCACCGGGCUGAGCGGGAUCAUGACCGGAGAAGGGGCCCGGUACCCCCAGAGUGGACCGUCCUCCUUUGGACAGAAGCAGGCCUAGUUUGACAGUCCUCCCACUAAGGUAGGUGUGAGCCCUUUCCCAGCCUGCGAGAGAUAUUUGGGGGGCUUUGGCCUGGAGCCCAGGGAGGGCGGGCACCCCAAACCUGCUAGUCUGGUUCUGCAGCCCUUCCCCCCCACAGAUGUGUGGGACUGAAAUCGGCUGCCUGCUGGGCCUGCUUGGUCCAUCCAUCCCCGCCUGUCAGCUUCCGUUGUCAGGAGUUUGGGGCGUGCAAUUCUUUGCCAUAUUUAGGAGCAUAGGAGAGGCUGCACUUGCAUGUAUUAGGUUGGCCCAAAAGUUAGUUCGGGUCUUUCCGUAACAUCUUACAAAAGCCCGAACGAACUUUUUGGCCAACCCAAUAUUUCCCAGUUGUGUGUUUGGUGGGUGGAGUGCUCUGGAUGCCUCUUCUGAAAGACACAGGCAACUGCCAGGAAACCGGGCCCGGCCCUGGCCCUCCCUUCCGGCCUCCGCUGGGGGCGUGUGGGGUGACUGUGUGAGCUGGCCUCUUCCCCUCUGAUGUCUGGCUGCUAGGGAGGUGAAGAACAGAAAGACCUGAGAUCUGGGCCAGCUUUCUUUAAGAAAGAGGUUUCUUGACUCUUCCCCUUCCAGGGAAUUCCCACGAUUCCACCUCACCCAGGCCCCCCCCCCCCACCAAAAAAAAAAAAGAAAAAGAAAAAGCCCUGUUUGUAGAACGGGAGAAACCCGGAUUUGAAACCUGGCUAGCCAUUUCACCUGCUGUGACCUUGCGUAAGCAGCACAGAUCCUCAGCCCCAGUUUCACCAUCUGCACAGAUGGGUCAGUGAUUGUCAAAGUUGAGUGUGCAGCCGAAUCACACGGGUGGCUCAUUAGAAUCGACUCCGAGGCCCGGUCCUUGAGUUUCUCAUUCAGUAGGUGGGGCCUGAGAGCUUGCAUUUCUAACAAGUUCCCAGGUGAUGCUGAUGCUGCCUUGUGGAGACAUUUUGAGAACCUUUGGGCCAGGUAACACCUGGGGUGUUGUGAGGAUCCAAGCAUGUGCUCUUGGAACCCCGAACUAUUUCUUGGUGCGGAGGUGUCGCUUCGUAGAGAUGGCAGCUCUCUCCUUAUUCUCCUUACGCAAGCUGACAGCAUGCAGUUUCCCCUUCUCUUUAUCUCCAGGAAGCUCCGCAGCUGGAGACAGUGCGGCCCUUGAUCUCUGACCCCUCUCCCACGUGAUCUUUAGUUUGUGAUUACUUUGAUGAGCCAUUUGGGUCCAGGUGCUGCUGAUUGCGCCGCCUCCCCCGUUCGGGCCGAGGCUUGACUUCCGGGUCUAAUAGGCUCUGCUCACUUUUAUCCCAUCCUUCAGUUUGGGGGCUGGAGUGAGGACUGGGGGAGCCGUAGGGCUUGACCCAGAGGUUUUGUUGGGAACGUGUUGGUGCUUAAUCGAGGGAGGCUCUAAGGCAGGCAGCUGUGGGUUUGACUCUCCCCUGUGCUGGUUGACCUUGGGCGAGUCUCCUGUGUAAAGUGAUGAUAAUGAAGCCUGCAGUAAAGGGUGGAGGGCGGAUGAAGUGGGAUUAAGGGGGCCGGCCUCACAGGCUUCACACCAGUUGGCCCCCCUUCGGAGGUGGCUGCGGGGGGUGGGGCUGGGCUGUCCGAGAGCUCCUCCCCCACCAGCCCACCUCGUAGCACGUGGCACAGCCUCAGGGCAAAGGGGAAGGCUGACAUUCUGCAGGCUGGGAGCCAGCUCCAUUUUUACUCCAGUGUGUGAGUUGGGAUGGUGGCUCUUCCUCAAGUCCACAGGCUGUUGUUCCAUGAUGGGUCAUGGUUUGGGGGGUUCCCCCCACCCGGAGAGUAACGUGACUCACCCAAGGUCAGGAGGUCACCACCGGCAGUCAGGAUGAGAUUCCAGGUGUCUUCCAGCCCAGCACCUGUGUGCAUGGCACCCCCUCGCCCCAGCUGCUGGGUUAUUCUGGGCUCCUGCCAGUGCUAGCUGUCUGCUGGCGUCACCGCCUGGGAGCUGGGAAAGCUAUUUGGUUGAAAGUAACCAGCGUGGUACUCUUAGGUCCUUCUGGCUACCAUGCCUUGGCGCCAUGAGGGUCUCCAGAUAAGCUGGAUUUGGUCCAUGCUGUCUUUUGCUGGGGGGCAAGGGGUGCAGCCGACCGCACCUGGCACCAGACUCCCUUCCCCCUACCCAGGGUGAGCACUUUGUAAAAGUUGGCGAGGCUCACAUUAUUAGUAUCAUACGAGCCUUUCCCUCCUUCCACAGUCUGCCCCAAUCCGGCGGUUUAAAUUCGGCUCUGCCAUUGAUGAGUUCAUUCAACUCCCUGGAUUCUCAGGUGACCUUUCUGCCCCCUGAGGGUGUCCUGCAUCCCUUCUGAUAGAGCCCUUGGGGCUCCACGGGGCUGGGGUCUUUAUCUCCCGUGGGCGUUGGAUAGUUAAAUAAUUGAUUUAAACCUUUCCCUCCCAGCAGCAGCUUGGAGGGUUACAGCCAGUUCCUCCACUCCCGCCCUCGGACCAAUUAGGGAACAAUGAGGCGCUCCAUUGUGGUCCGGGUGUGAUUCUUGGAAGGGAGAGGGGUCCCGAUGACCUGGAAGGAUCGUACCCCUCCCCGCUUCCUUUUUUCACCCCCUCUUUCUAAUUUCUUUGUCUGGCACGCCAGUACCUCCUAGGUGAAGGGAGGGGCGGGGCAGCCUAGCAGUCCUCAGACUGGUUCCUCUGCCGAGAGCGUGGCUCCACCCACCGGUCGCCCAGCAAGCUCGGGGCGGGGCUGCUCCUGGCGCCCAGCCGGUGGAGCCUGCCUGGAGAGGGCCACGCCAGCGGAAGGGCGGCCGGAGGUGGCCGGACCUGCCUUCCUACUGGACGCCAGGGGCCCGCCCCUUCCGGCCCGUUGGGCGAGAGCCGAGGCGUGGAGUACGACCUUUUGGACCCCCUGGGUGGAAACUGAACCUCUGCCUGGACUGUGGAGAUGGGCACCCUGCCAUCUCAGAGGCCGCCUGGGUCCAGUGCUGUCUCCAUCUGGCCAGUGACCUCGAUGAGUUCCUACCCCUCCAGGAGUCGUGGUCUCUCCUGUGAAUCAGGAGGAGGAGGUUGGCAGAUAACCUUUGACCUGUCUCUGAGUCUGGCUUUGUGGAGGUAGCUCUUUGUACUCUGGUGGUGACUCCCCUGAGCCCACCACCACAUGUUGAGCCUGGAGAGAGUCCUGGGACAGGGAUAGACAGCCUUGAUCCCCCAGGCUGCGCUGGGCCACCUCCCAUCCCUGGGGCCCCAGAGGAUGGUCAGUUACUUCUGUCUCACGUGGGGUGGAUGACCCCUCAGGUGUGUAGUGACCUCCCAGAGUAUGCUGAGGCACCAGGGAAGUGGAAGCCAUUAGCAUUGUCGUUAACGUCCCAGUCCUGACCUGUGUUGGCCGGACCUUUCCCUGACAAGACAGAAGUGGAUCUGGCCCUACUUCUCUCUUGUGGUCAGUUGGCCUCACUAGAUCCCAGGCCUAGAUGUGAGCACAAAUCAGUUCACCCCCGCAGGUGCCACCUGCCAGCUCCCCUAGGCUUCUGUGUCUCAACAGCUUUGUGGCAAGAACCAGUUUAAAGAAUUUUUUCUUACCCUCCUAAAUCUCUCCAGGAAUUCCUGGUGAAUAGAAGAAUGGCAUGGGUCCUCGGAACAUUUUGCAGGUAAGGGAGUAGGGCUCCCCGGGCCCGUGGGUGUUCCCAGUGCCUCAGCUGGCCUGCCCUGGCACAGCACCUCCAAGGAAGCUCUGAGCAGCUGGCCUGGCUGCUGGGUAUUUUUAGCUACAGAUCCAGCCCCUACACCACCACUGGAGCCAGGUCCAAAUCAAACACGCUCCAGGCAGGGUGGGGCUGGGGCUCUGUGCCAGCCUCUCAGCCAGGCAGGGGUGGGUGGGCAGGCUGGGGCCAGUGUCAGCUGUCCUGCCUGGACCUGGGCCGGCCUGGGAAGACCUGCUUUCGUGUAAGUCAUUUUUUCUGUUAUAAGUUGAAAUCCAUUAGUUAGACAGAAAAGGUGGAAACCGAGGUCUGAGGAUUUUGAGGAAAAGUUAAGUGCCCUCUCCCUACGGGCUGGAGCAGUUCCCACAGUUUGCUCAGAAUGGGCAAACUCUAAGUGAGUUCUCUCAAGGCCCUUCCCAGAUGAGGUAGUCUUACUCUCCCAGUCACUCCCUGAGCUUCAGGGUAUCUGAUGUGAGGUCAGGCCUGUGCCUGGCUCAAAGGUAAGUGGUCCUCCCCUCCCUCAAAGCCCUCUUCCAUCCUCCCUCUCCCUGAGUGAUGGCUUCCUCCCCCUCCUCUUCUGCCAGCCCCAGGCUGCCACUGUGUAGAGAUGGCCCCAGCUCUGUCCUCACCAGCCAAUCACAGCUCCCCCCUGGUCACCGGAAAGAGCUUUGGCUGGGCUCCUCUGUUCAGAGCCUCUGUCUGACACCCAUCUUGAGCCUGAUAGCCAGGCCCCUGUGAUCUAACCCUCACCACCUUGACAACCAUGUCUGGUCUCCCUCCUCAUGCCCCAGCCACUGCCAAACCUGAUGGGGUUUCCAGCCACCAUGCAUUUACUCAGGCUGGGUACCCAUCCUACUUCCACUGGCCCUUCCUGCCAGCACUGCCAAGCUUAGUUCAUGUGUUGCCCAGCUCUCAACUUCCUCUGAACCCCACGGGGGCUUCGGUGUCUGAAUUGUUCUCAUCUCGCAGACUCCUUUAGACUGCUUCCCCCAGGACUGAGUUCCUCAAAGGCAGGAACACAAUUGCCUCUCAAUAAACGUGUGCUGCAAAGAAGGAAUGAAUGAAUUGCUGUAUAUUUGUCUAGGGGUGCUUGACCCAGCAGAUGCCCUCUGGCCCGGUGACAGAGUAGGGCUUUCCGCUUAAGAACCUGGAGCUGGGUCUUCCCAGCUCUGGGCUCUUUGGGGGCUUCCUGGGGCAGUCUCUGCUGCCAUCUGGUGGUCAGAUUAUGCCUUGCAUUCUCUGAAAACGUUGACCUGGCAUUUAUGGUGCCAGGUUGACGAUUUCCUUUCCGAAGUAAAAUUUACCUGAUCCUUGCUGAGUACCUGAAAGUGGGGAAUCUUCUGGGUGGGAUGAGGGCAAGAAGAUCCUGAAUCCUGCCAGCCCUUCUCUGAGGAAACUGUCAGAUGUCCUACCCCAGCUGGGAAAGAUUCUGCUCUCUCACCUAGCCAUGUCCCAGUGCCUGCCUGGUACAUGCCUGAUCCUGGGGGGUCCCUCUGCCACUCCUGACCACUGGCCUGGUUUGUGCAAAAGACAGUCCAAGGGAGGGAAGGGGUGGGAGGCAGGGGUGGUUUUGCCCAGACGCCCUGAUAGUACCUGGCCAGAGUGAAUGCUCAGUAAAUAGCAGUUUGGGUCCGGGGGUUGAGGAGAAAGCUUGGGAUGAAGGAUAUGUGGCUGCUGGCUGGAGAACACAAAUUUCUUGGUGGGAGCAGGGUUAUCAGUCUCCAAAGUGGACGGAAGGGGGCCCAGCUGAUCUCAACUAGAUUUACCUUGACCUUCCCCUUCCCCUUCUCGACGGCGUCUUGCUUGGUUCCCACGCCUCUGGGCCUUGCUAGAAAGAGGUUCCCGCCCGCUUGGUUUGGGGCCAACCCUCGAAAGGGUUCUGGGGCCACUCACCUGUUACCAAAGUUGCGCCGAGGCCAUCGCCCGGCAGAGGGCGCCAGAUCUCCACCUUUGGGAGGUGGGGUGAUAGGGCGCCGCCGCCAGUGCUGCCUGCUCCCGGCUAUGGACAACCCUGGGGCCCCAGCCCCGACUGCCGCCCCGGGCCCGGGCAAGAAGCAGCUGAAAAUCGUGGUUGUGGGCGACGGCGGCUGCGGCAAGAGUUCGCUGCUCAUGGUGUACAGCCAGGGGUCCUUCCCCGAGCACUACGCCCCAUCCGUGUUCGAGAAGUACACGGCCAGCGUGACCGUGGGCAGCAAGGAGGUGACCCUGAACUUAUACGACACCGCCGGGCAGGAAGAUUAUGACCGGCUGCGGCCCCUGUCCUACCAGAACACCCAGCUCGUGCUCAUCUGCUAUGACGUCAUGAACCCCACCAGCUAUGACAACGUUCUCAUCAAGUGGUUCCCGGAGGUCACCCACUUCUGCCGUGGGAUCCCUAUCUUGCUCGUUGGCUGCAAGACAGACCUGAGGAAAGACAAGGAGCAGCUGCGCAAGCUCCGGGCGGCCCAGCUGGAGCCCAUCACCUACACGCAGGGCCAGAGCGCCUGCGAGCAGAUCCAAGCCGCCCUCUACCUGGAAUGUUCUGCCAAGUUUCGGGAGAACGUGGAGGACGUCUUCCGAGAGGCCGCCAAAGUUGCCCUCAGUGCUCUGAAGAAAGCACAGCGGCAGAAACAACACCGCCUGUGCCUGCUGCUUUGACACCUCCCGGCGGGGCCCAUGGCCCUCACGAUAGAACUGAGAGGACCCAGGUCCCCAGCUCCAGACUACUCCCCGGAUCCUGCACCCUCCCCAGCUCUCGAAGGGCACUCGGAGUCGGGCGUCUCCAGGGCCUGGUGUCUGGAGCCUGUGGCCAGGCUCUUGGAACAUUCUGGAACUCUCUCCUUUCCCAGCUGGGGCUCUGACCACGAGCUCCCCUCCAGCCUGCAUGGUGGUGGUGAGCGAGGGUGCUGGACUCAGUCCCUCUGUACCCUGGAACUAGCAUUUGUCCCCAGGACUCAGGAGUGCCCUCAUCACUACCAACCCCCAGCUGUGUGUCCCCUUCUGCACACCCAAUAGGUCCUCAAAGCCUGUGCUUGAGAUGAGAAAUGACGUCUGGUAUGAGGAUAAAUGUGGACUUGGCAGCGUUCCACACGGCCCCCAAGCCUGCUCUCCCCAGUCACCCGCCUCCCUGGUUUCCUGAGAUAGGCACGGCUGCAUCCUCCAGCUUCUUGCUUCCUCCCCGCAGGAACUCAGGCACCAGGAUGGGACCGAGGCCUAUCACAAGAACACAGGCCCCAGCCCCAAACGUGGGGGGCCGGCACCAGCCCCCUCCCUCCUCCCUGCCAAACAGAGGACUUAAGUCUCAGCCCUCGGCUUGGCCGCCAUCUUUCCAGAGCUGGACGCACAUGAGGCAGAGAAGAACCUCUCUCAAAAAGCAAAAAGUAUUAUCUGGCUGAUCCAUGUGGCCCUCGCUCAGUGUCUCCUCACCUGCAACCCCUCCGCUCGCCACUACUUGCCAGAAACCCGAGAUGAAAAGUGACACCAGCUCCGAGUGAUCUUGGGCAAGUCAGGUCUCUCUACAGACUGUCUGCAGAAGGACGGCACUGGCUCAUUUAAAGAGUCAUCGAGCUCCCGUCUCUCACAGCCUCCAAUUCUGCCAAGAUGUGGAGAUCUGGAACCAAGGCCAUCCUGGCCUCCUGCGAGAACAGACUUGAUUAACCCCCAGUGCAGAUUCACUGAACCUCCUAGAAGGUCUGGGGUCAGGGGCCCAAGAGUUUUGAAACAAGUGCCCCAGGUGAUUCUGAUGCCCCAGAGAUUGAGAGCUGGUGGCUCCUGAGUAAGCCCAGGGAUCAGCGUUACCUAAGAUGAGAUAAUGGCUUCAGGUGGUCCUGCCAUCCCCGGUAUCUCCUGCCUCAGCCUCCUCCGUCGCCCAGUGCUUCAGCGCCCACUAGGCCUGAGAAAGAGACUUCUGAAGUCUACCCCACCCCACCUAGGUUCCCCAAGGCCCUGCCGCGCCCUGGGGAAUCAAGAGAGCAUUCGGUCCAAGGCUCCGUGGACAAAUGAUGGUCUUGGACAGAGGUCCACAAACCACAGUCUGUGGGCCAAAUCUUUAUUUUUGUAAAUAAACUUUUAGUGAAAAACA